UUUCUACCUCACUCCCAGUUCCGGCCAAAUUCUCUUCCCCUCCAUGGCCAUUCUUACCCUAAUUCCCUGCAUUUUCUCUCUCAUUUCACUUCUCGCCCCGCCGCCGGCAGCCGCGAGGAUCCCCGGCGUUUACUCCGGCGGUGGCUGGCAGACCGCCCACGCCACGUUCUACGGCGGCAGCGACGCCUCGGGCACCAUGGGCGGGGCUUGCGGGUACGGAAACCUGUACAGCCAAGGGUACGGCGUGAACACGGCGGCGCUGAGCACGGCGCUGUUCAACAACGGGUUCAGCUGCGGGUCGUGUUUCGAGAUCAAGUGCUCCGACGACAAGCAGUGGUGCCACGCCGGCAGCCCCUCCAUCUUCGUCACCGCCACGAACUUCUGCCCGCCAAACUACGCUCUCCCCAACGACAAUGGCGGAUGGUGCAACCCUCCCCGCCCGCAUUUCGACCUCGCCAUGCCCAUGUUCCUUAAGAUCGCUCAGUACCGCGCCGGAAUUGUCCCCGUCACUUUCCGCAGGGUGGCGUGUCGGAAGCAUGGAGGGAUAAGAUUCACCGUGAAUGGGUUCCGUUACUUCAAUCUGGUUCUGAUCACGAACGUGGCCGGCGCCGGCGACAUCGUGAGCGCGAGCGUGAAGGGUUCCCGGACGGGGUGGAUGCGGAUGAGCCGCAAUUGGGGUCAGAACUGGCAAUCGAACUCGGUGCUGGUGGGGCAGGCCCUCUCCUUCCGAGUGACCGGCAGCGACCGGAGAACCUCCACCUCCUGGAACAUCGCCCCCGCCCACUGGCAAUUCGGCCAGACAUUCGUCGGAAAGAAUUUUAGGGUUUGAAUGUACGGACCGACAAUUCAACCAUAUCAUAUAUUCCUCCCUAGGUACUUGUUUUUUUCUUUCGUUUCUUCUUCUACAGUUGGUGGAUUCUGGGGGAUUUGCAUUGCAUUGUAUUGGAGCCUCCCUUGACGAUCGAAAACACAAAAUUGAAUCGAUCUAGAAGCUGAGGCGGCUGCACAAGAAAAGAAAUUGCAGCCCGCAGCACAUAUAUAUCUAUAUAAGUUUUAUCUGGAAGAGAAGAUGAGAUUAAUUAAUUACUUAAUUGCAUCUUAAUUGGUUUUGAUUUGAGCAAUGUGUUGAGGUCUGGCUGGCUGGGUUUAUAUAUAAUUUUGUUGUGGCAAAGGUUGUUGAGCAAUGUAAUGUGUAGUUUCUUUAAUUUCACAAUGGAAUUGGAAGUGGAAGUGAAUUGGUUUUAA